CGCCCUGCGCUUUGUCCGCGGCCACCGGGCGGGCCGCGCUCCCUCUUAGACCCUCGUCCAUCUCCGGGGCCCCGGAAGGACGGCUGCGUCGGGCGCUCUGCGCACUGCCUCGGGUUAGGGGGCCCUCCCCCGCGAUUUGGGGGGUAACUUCCGGAAACGGCACCCCGAAACUGAAAUCAGUACGAGCUCGCGAGAAUCGGGAUAUGGCGACCGUCCGGUUACGUGAAGAUUGGGGAGCGUGUUGUCGGGACUUCGCUGUGGGUGACAAGCUCGUUGGGUCAUUCAUUCAGUCUGGGUCACGUGGCGCCCACUGUGUGGUACCAGUGUAGCGAAUAGCGAUUAAGCCGUUUGGGGCCGAUUGUAACUGCUCCAACCAUAGUUGGAGACUGGAGGCUCUGGUGCAGGCCAGAUGUUUAUGGAGAACAGCAGGACUCCCAUCACCAGGAACCAGUGGCUCAGGCUAGGGAGGGCCUUCCCCCCCGCCUCCCCCCCCACCCAGCUCAUUCAUUCAGCGGACAAGGCACCUUUUGGGUGUCUGGCAGGGGCCUUGUAGGCUUUCCCGCCCGAGGGAGAGGCAGGUAUACACCAUCACGGAAGGCCACAUAUUGCUUUAGGUUGGGUGGAAUUGAUAACGGAAGGUAGUGUUACCACAAUUUCCCUAGUUAGCCGCAUGCUGCAAACAGCCAAUUCUUGAGACCGGGUGAGGUGGGUAGCAAGAAGUUUAUUAGAUAUACCGGUAUUUACCGAUAUAUGGAGGCAGAGGGGAAUGAUCUCCUAAAGCCAGCUGUCUGUCUCUCAGAACUACAGGUCAGCUAGGGUUUUCAAGGGAAAAGGGGCUAUAAGUUUUAGGAACUUGUGGAAUGUGCAUUCUCUUUCUGUUUGGUUUCAAACAUGUUGAUCUCUUCCUGCUAUUAUCCCAUCAGCUUCAUCUUGUUGACAGGCUUAUUAGAUCCAUAUCACUUGUUUUCCAAGGUCCUAGGGGAAACACUGGUUAACCUUUUGGAGGAGCUAACAGGAAAAUCCUACUUGGAAACAGAGACAGCCUGGGAAGGGAAAGAAGAAGGGGAAAAAUGGCACAGGUACUGUUCAGGAUAUGGCUGAGCAGCCUGUUUCAGUAGGAUCGUGGUAAUCAGAGCAGCAGUGAGAGAAGAGUAGGAGAAAGCUGGUCACUGAACCAAGGCCAGUAUGGCUUGGGGAAGCUGAGAACUCUGGAGGCUCUGUAGAAUUCUGCAUUUUAUCUUAAGAAUAAUGGGAAGGCCUGAAGGCAUGGUAAGAUUCAGAUUAAUUUUUCAAGAGCAAGUCUGGCUGUGUGUUAAGGAUCUGGGAGGAGGGUGAGGCAGACAGAUGUGUGGUCCAGGGGAGGUCCUGGGUUGGGAUGGAGGUGAAGAACAUGGACGAGUUGAGGUAGUCAGGGCUUGGAGAUACUGAGUUGAGGCGGGCCAUGAGGGGAUGGAGGAGGUGUCAGGGAUGUCUGGCAUGAGGAACUACGUGCUUGGAGAUUUCAUUUGCCAAACUGGACACUGGAGGAGGAGGAGUCAGCCAAGGCUGGAAAUGCCUGAAGUGCAAGUGGGUGAGACGUGGGGUAGGUAAGGAUGAGCUCAGAGGGAGAUGGGCUGAGAUGUGCCGUGGAGAGUCAUGGACUUGUGGAAGGUUUUGCACACCAUCUGCCUGGUUUUCAUUGAGGUACUCAGAUACUGGAGUGAGGUAUGGGCUUGUGUGGAGAGUUCUGGAGCUCUGACCAUGGGAUCCGUGUGGCCCGGGAACACCUCCACCUUUGGGUGGGUCUGUGGGCACAGCCCGCAGGGGCAGCUGGGAGCCUGCACAGGGGUGAAGGACAGAGUACAGAGGGCUGUUGGGAGACAGUCCAGCAUCCUGAGUCUUCCUUCCUUUCUCGGGGUCUGUGUUUUCUUCCAGGUCCUCUCCGCCAUGGCCAGGCGGCCCCGGAGCAGCCGGGCAUGGCAUUUUGUCCUGAGUGCAGCCCGCCGAGAUGCCGAUGCCCGGGUUGUGGCUCUGGCAGGCACUGCUAACUGGGGCUAUGACUCUGAUGGGCAGCACAGCGACUCAGACUCCGACCCUGAGUUCUUGUCCCUGCCGCCAUCCAUCCCCAGCGCUGUGCCGGUCACCGGGGAGUCCUUCUGUGACUGCGACAGCCAGAGUGAGGCCUCCUUCUGCGGCGGCCGGCACAGCACCCACAGUGGCAAAGACUGCCGCUGUGGGGAGGAGGACGAGCACUUUGACUGGGUCUGGGAUGACCUGAACAAGUCCUCAGCCACCCUCCUGAGCUGCGAUAAUCGCAAAGUCAGCUUCCAUGUGGAAUACAGCUGUGGCACAGCAGCCAUCCGGGGCACCAAGGAGCUGGGUGAGGGCCAGCAUUUCUGGGAGAUCAAGAUGACCUCGCCUGUCUAUGGUACUGACAUGAUGGUAGGCAUUGGGACGUCAGAUGUGGACCUGGACAAGUACCACCACACCUUCUGCAGCCUGCUGGGCAGGGAUGAGGACAGCUGGGGCCUCUCGUACACGGGGCUCCUCCACCACAAGGGAGACAAGAUGAGCUUCUCAUCACGCUUUGGCCAGGGCUCCAUCAUUGGUGUGCAUCUGGACACCUGGCAUGGGAAACUGACCUUCUUCAAGAACCGCAAGUGCAUAGGCGUGGCAGCCACCAGGCUGCAGAACAAGAAGUUCUACCCAAUGGUGUGCUCCACGGCCGCCAAGAGCAGCAUGAAGGUGAUCCGCUCUUGCGCCAGUUCCACCUCACUGCAGUACCUGUGCUGCUACCGCCUGCGCCAGCUGCGACCCAACUCCGGGGACACGCUCGAGGGUCUGCCCCUGCCCCCCGGCCUCAAGCAGGUGCUGCACAACAAGCUGGGCUGGGUGCUGAGCAUGAGCUGCAGCCUCUGCUGGCCACCCGCACCCAGCCCUGAGACCAGGCCUUGCCAGAGGAAACACUGCCGACGGACCUGACUUCCUUUCUGAUGAAAACUGCUUCUCAGCCAGGACCGUCUUCUGUCCCUUCCUUCUGGCCACACUCUGGGCAACAGGACAGGGACGAGUUGGGCUGAGUCUGUUGGGUUGUCCACCUGCUCCCAGAGCCUGGGACAGUCCUUUCUGCAGGGUCCAGGGCCACUUGGCCAUGUGAUCGUCCACGUCUGCUCUGUUGGUGCCAGUGGGGGCAGUUGCUUCUCUCCCCGAUGCUCCUAGGUGGUCACUGUUGGCCACCAGCAGUAGAGGAAGGCCUGGCUAGCACCAAUGUUCCUGCUUCUCAGGCCUUGGAGGCCUCAGGCUGUUUUUCACUGCUUUGCAUGUUGUCAGCUGCUGCUCCUCCUUCUCAGAAGGGUAAAUCACUGUAAUAAACACAGUUUCUAUUGA